UCGCCGGCGGGAGGCUCGCGGGCAGCAAUGUGGGUUGCCGCGCUGGCGUGAGUGAUGCGCUGGCUGCUGCCGCUGUCCCGUACAGUGACACUGGCCGUCGUACGCCUGAGACGAGGCAUUUGCGGGCUCGGGAUGUUCUAUGCGGUGAGGAGAGGCCGCAGGACCGGAGUCUUCCUGAGUUGGAGUGAGUGCAAAGCCCAGGUGGACCGGUUUCCUGCUGCCAGGUUUAAGAAAUUUGCCACAGAAGAUGAGGCCUGGGCCUUUGUCAGGAGCUCUUCAAGCCCGGAUGGUUCAAAAGGGCAGGAAAGUGCACAUGAGCAGAAGUCACAGGCGAAGACCAGCAAGCGGCCUCGGGAGCCCCUGGGUGAAGGGGAAGAACUUCCAGAGCCAGGGCCCAAGCACACAAGACAGGACACCGAGCCCGCUGCUGUAGUGAGCAAGGACGCAUUUUCUUAUAUGGGAGAGUCAGUCGUUGUCUACACGGAUGGCUGUUGCUCCAGUAAUGGACGGAAGCGGGCACGAGCAGGAAUUGGCGUUUACUGGGGCCCAGGCCACCCCUUAAAUGUAGGUGUAAGGCUUCCUGGGCGACAGACAAACCAGAGGGCCGAGAUCCAUGCAGCCUGCAAAGCCAUCAUGCAAGCCAAGGCUCAGAACAUCAGCAAGCUGGUUCUGUACACAGACAGCAUGUUCACCAUCAAUGGGAUAACUAACUGGGUUCAGGGCUGGAAGAAGAAUGGCUGGAGAACAAGUACCGGGAAAGACGUGAUCAACAAGGAGGACUUCAUGGAGCUGGACGAGCUCACUCAGGGCAUGGACAUCCAGUGGAUGCACAUUCCUGGUCACUCAGGAUUUGUGGGCAAUGAAGAGGCCGACAGACUGGCACGGGAAGGAGCGAAGCAGUCUGAGGACUGAGCAGAGGAGUGAGCUGCUGCCCACUCAGACCCAAGGCAGUGGCUGUUUCUUUACCCUGCUGUGCACUGAGCUGUGCAUAAGGACACAGUGUGACCUGUGGCACAGCUUGGUGAGACGUGCUUACAUGAUGGAAAGGAAGUGUUGAAUCCUGCUUCUGUGAGAUUUCAGGGUCUGUCCCAAAAUGCUCCAGCUGGAUUUUAGUAGGAGUCAGUGAGACACUGGUCAGUACGUGUGACCUAAAAGUUCUAGAAGGCCGGGCGUGGUGGCGCACGCCUUUAAUCCCAGCACUUNGGAGGCAGA